GUAGACCAGUCGGGGCAUCUUUUCAAAUACUAUAUCCCUUCCCAGAAAACAAGCCUCAAUCGCCGUCUUGAUCUCAUCCAACAUGGAAGCAAAAAAAUCUCAGGUAAGGCCACAUAGUGCCAAUCUUGGUACCUACCAUAUAUCCGUUUGUCUGUCCGGAAGACUAAUUAUUUGCGAGGCGAUUGACUUGGGGAGCCAUCUGGAUGGUCAUGUUCCCAUUUCUUUAGACGCGUAGCGUGCAAGAAACGAAAUAGAUUGUGGAUUGAUCAAAUGAGCAGCCAGAUUUUUUACAGAUGUUCGGAAUCUACGAAUGCAGCUAACAAAUCUAAUUAUGAUUUCCUGCACCUUUGCCGUUCACCAUGACACAGAAUAUUUGGCAGAAUGUUUUGAGUGCAGGACCAUGGCAACCAAUUAGCCGGGCAUGGCCUCAAACACAGGAUGACAAUCUAACAGGGUUGCGAGGUUGAGACAGAGACAGAGAGAGAGAGAAUGAAGGAUUGAAUUGGUCGCCGGUAAACAGGAACAGCCGAGGUCAGCUCUGGCUGCUCCACGCGCUUCUCCUUAAUUCAUUCAUCUCUCGAAGAAAUAGACAGACAGCUCAACCAUUAAGAAGAGAAAAAAAAAAAACAUGCGUCAGCAUCUGGCUUCCAUCCUCAUGGAAGAAGGAGAAGCUGCUCGCUCUCUGGUCUCUCCUGCUAAGUUCGUAAAUUGGCACUCCAACUCUGCCAAACAGCUGGUGAUUCUUUGGCCUCUGGCUUCCCGAUGCACUUGCAUGCCCUCAAAAAGAUAGCCAUGCAACACCUUGUCCAUGCUGCUGACCAUCUCCACCACCAAUCCCACAGCAGCAGCCACCUGUUCCGCCUCUUCUACCUUGUUCUCGUCGUCAUCCUCUCUUCUGCUUCUCCCCAUGGUGCCUGCACGCAGGUGGAGAGGGAUUCUCUUCUGUCCUUCCGCUCCAACCUCUCAUCAGCCUCCAACAACAGCCUGCUGGGUUCAUGGAGGGGCACAGAUUGCUGCAUAUGGGAAGGGAUUUCUUGCGAUGGCAACAAAUCAGUCACUCGUCUCUGGCUGCCCCUUAAAGAACUCAGAGGCCAGAUCUCACCCGCUCUUGCAAACCUCACUCGCCUCUCCCACCUCAACCUCUCCCACAACUGGCUCACUGGCACCCUGCAUCCAGCCCUGCUGUGGUCCGACCACCUCAUGACUUUGGAUGUCAGCUUCAACCAUUUGUCCGGUGGAUUGCCUUCGCCGCCACCUUCAUCUUCGCCUCCGGGGAACCAUCCUCUGCUGGUGCUGAAUGUCUCCAGCAACCGCUUUACUGACGCAUUCCCAUCCUUCGGCUGGGGGAUUGCGCAUAAUCUUGUGGCGAUCAACGCCAGCAACAACAGCUUCACUGGCCUGAUUCCCUCCGCUCUUUGCGCUGACUCGCCCCUCCUCAGGAUCCUAGACCUCUCCCGCAACCAAUUCGGCGGCAGCAUCCAAUCAGGAUUAGGCAAUUGCUCGAACCUAGUAGUUUUCCAAGCAAGCUUCAACAAUCUUAGUGGGCCGCUCCCAGACGAUCUCUUUGAUGCCGUCUCACUGCAGCAGCUUUCCCUGUCUUUUAAUCAACUUUCUGGGAUGCUCGAUGGGGGACGUAUCACCAACCUCUCAAAUCUAACUACACUUGAUCUUAGUGGCAAUCAACUCACCGGACAGCUCCCAGCUUCGAUCUGCAAGCUCGCAAGUUUGGAGCAGCUGUUCGUAUAUGGUAACAAACUGAAUGGUUCCUUGCCCUCAGCCCUGAGCAAUUGCGCGAAACUCACGUGCCUGAACCUCAGGAGCAACUGCUUUACCGGGGAGCUUUCUGCCGUCAACUUCUCCAGGCUUUCCAAUCUCAUCAUGCUUGAUCUCGGGAACAAUGGUUUCGUUGGUGAAAUUCCCAACAGCAUUUACUCAUGCAGAUCUCUAACCGCACUGCGACUGGCCGGGAAUAUGCUGCAGGGCCAAAUUGCACGAGAGAUGGCAAAUCCGCAGAACCUGACAUACCUUUCACUUUCUUCCAACAAGCUAGUGAACAUCAGCGGCACAUUGGAGAUCCUCAAGAGUUGUAGGAACCUCACCGCCAUCAUCCUUGCAGGGAAUUUCAUUGGCGAGGCGAUGCCGGAUGCCGGCUGGUUUGACGGCUUCCAGAAUAUCCAGGUGCUGAGCCUAUGGGGUUGUCAGCUGACCGGUCAGGUACCUCCUUGGUUGGCCAAACUUGAAAAGCUGGAGGUUCUUGAUCUUUCCUCCAAUCAACUCACUGGUUCAGUCCCCAGUUGGUUGGGUUCUCUGCCCCAUCUCUUUUAUCUGGACUUGUCUAAUAAUCUUUUCUCGGGAGAAUUCCCCCUGGGAAUCACAGGAUUGCCGGUGCUGACAUCGGAGCAAGCCGCCGCCCAGGUGGACGUGGGGUAUCUCGAACUGCCCGUCUUUGUGAUGCUCACCAAUGCAUCUGGUUUGCAGUAUGAUUCCCUAUCAGCCCUUCCCCCAGCAAUAUACUUGGGAAACAAUAGCCUCAGUGGCAGGAUCCCCCCAGAGAUCGCUCUACUGAAAAGACUCCUCGUAUUGGACCUCAGCCUUAACAACUUUUCCGGCGAGAUUCCUGCACAGCUCUGCAAUCUUACCAACUUGGAAAGGCUGAAUCUUUCCAGGAACCAUCUCUCCGGCAUGAUUCCAUCGCUGCUGAACAAGCUUAAUUUCCUUGCUUCGUUCAGCGUUGCUUACAACGACCUAGAGGGGCCGAUUCCAUCGGGAGGUCAGUUCGACACUUUUCCAGCCUCCAGCUUCGAAGGAAAUCCCAAGCUCUGUGGCUCUGAGAUUCAGAAAUCUUGCACCAAUCAUUCAGGACAACCCCUUUCACCCUCACGCAGGAGGCUCAACAAGAAGCUCAUCAUUGGAGUCGCACUUAGCGUCUGUUCUAUCGGAGUGCUUGCUCUCGCUGCCAUGGUGGCUUGUCGCAGGAAGAGGCAUCCAGGUCGAGGCGGUAGUAACGACAUGAUGGAUCUAGAUGGCAUUGCCUGCACCUCAGUUUCGGGCCUUCCAUGCGAGGCCAUCAAGGACUCCAUUUUGGUCAUGCUCUCGCCAGGCAACUGCGAAACAAAGGAUCUCACCUUCGCCGACAUCUUGAAGGCGACGGACAAUUUUGACCAGGCAAACAUCAUCGGUUGCGGAGGCUUCGGGCUGGUGUACAAAGCUACGCUGGCGAGCGGCACGAAGCUCGCCAUCAAGAGGCUGUCUGGUGACAUGUGCCUCAUAGAGAGGGAGUUCAAGGCAGAGGUGGAGGCUCUGUCCAUGGCCCAGCACGAGAACCUUGUGUCCCUACAGGGUUACUGCAUCUGCGGCAACUUCCGGCUAUUGGUAUAUUCGUACAUGGAAAAUGGCAGCCUGGAUUACUGGCUCCAUGAGAGGGAUGACGGUGGGGGGUCGGUGCUUGAUUGGCCUGCGAGGCUGAAGAUAGCACGGGGGGCAAGCCGUGGUCUUGCUUACAUCCACCAAAUCUGCCAACCGCGCAUUGUGCACCGCGACAUCAAGUCCAGCAACAUCCUUCUCGACGCAGAACUGAAGGCCCAUGUCGCCGAUUUUGGCCUCGCAAGGCUGAUCCUUCCCUGCGACACUCAUGUGACAACUGAACUGGUUGGGACCCUGGGAUACAUCCCUCCGGAGUAUGGGCAAGCAUGGGUGGCCACAUUGAGGGGGGACGUGUACAGCUUCGGAGUGGUCUUGCUCGAGCUUCUCACAGGAAGGCGGCCUGUCGAGAUCUUGCCGAAUCUAUCGAGAGAGCUUGUCCACUGGGUGCGGCAGAUGAGAUGCCAGGGGAAGCAGGAUGAGGUCUUCGACCCCCAGCUGAGAGGCAAAGGGUCUGAAGAGCAAAUGCUGCAGGUGCUUGAUGUUGCUUGCAUGUGUGUCGUUCAGAAUCCUUUCAAGAGGCCUACCAUCAAGGAGGUGGUCAGCUGGCUGGAGAACAUUGGUUCUGACCUGCAGCUGCGAAGGUAGUUAGGUAGUUUCUGCAGUCAUUGCACUUCUAAACAUACUGAGGAAGCACAUAGUCUACAAUUCCAGCCGUCUUGGCCAUAAACCAUACAGAAGAGGAAUUCCUCCCAAUGUCAUACUGAAAAUACUCAAAAUUUCCAACGCUCGUAUUCUUCCAUUCUGCUGAAUAUACAGAUCACAAAACUGUGAGCAUGAAACAAAAAGUGCCCUACAAUCAGUAGCUUGAGCUUCAUUGACCUUUUCUUUCAUUGAUCAUUAAAAAAAAACAAGCUACAUAGGCUCUAUUUAUAA